CGGUUCUUUCCACGAAGCCUGACACGGCGUACAAACUCUCCGGUGACGGCAUUUCAGGCCUACAAACGGAAACGAUCGCCCAGAGCCGGCAUCGGAACGCCUCGGCGCGGUUUCGCAUGUGGAACCUGCUGGUCAAUUUUUUUGUGGUGCCGAACCUGGAGAUGCAGUGGAAACUGGUUUUGGCGGACGACUUACUUGCCCUGCUCGCUCUGGACCGCGCGGCAUUCCCGCAGGGAACGCGGCUGCGCGUUGGAAAGGCCUUCGUCCACGAGGUUUUGCAAACUCUUGUGGACCUCGAGAAGAACGAAGCAAUCUUGGACCAGCGCAGCCUGCUGCCGUUCUCGUCCCCGGGGAGGACGAGAGAAAAGAAAAAUUUGAAUGAUCCUGCUUCCAGUUCUAUGGACCGACGAGGACAGUUGCGCGGCUCCUACGCGAAAGUAUUAAGUGCUGAUACCCCAUUGGCACGGAGUUGCGCAGACCGCCUGGAGACGAGCUUGUUGCAGCUCUGCACGUGGCUGUUCCGCGCCUUUCCGCCCCAGGACCUGUUCCAGUUGGCAUUUCG